AUGCUCUUAAAGCUGGCUAAAGUAGUUAUCCCAGCAAUGCUCUCAUAGACAUUUAUUUUCUUUAUGGAGAUCGUUAACAUGUUUUUUAUUGGGCAUUUAAAUGAUCCUGCUAUGGUGGCUGGUGUUGGUUUAGGAAAUAUGUAUGUGAAUAUAGUAUGCCAAUCUCUGAUAUUAGGUUUAAAUGGAGGUGUCGGUACUUUAGUCGCUCAAGCAUAUGGCAGCAAAAAUAUGAGAAAAUGUGGAGUAUAUUUAAACAGAGGACGAAUUAUUACUUUGAUGUGCUAUAUACCUAUGGUUUUCUCAAUUCUAAUGUGUGAAAGAGUCCUCUUAUUUAUAGGAUAAGAUCCUGCUGCUUCUAGAUUUGCAUAGCAAUAUGUGUAUGCUAUUAUUCCAGGAAUGUUCUUUCAUGGGCAAUUCGAUGCCACUAGAUAGUAUUUGAUAUCAAUGCAUAGAAAUUUAUUAGUGACAGUUGUCAUGAUAACAACUUCUUUACUUCAUAUGCUUUGGUGUUAUUUGCUAGUGAACAUAGCAUAAAUGGGUGUUUAAGGGGCUUCACUGGCAAUGCUAAUUUCUUACACUUUAAAUUUUUUCCUGAUAACACUGUUCUGUAUGGCUGCCACUGAUCUACGAGAUUCAUUUUUCUUCUUUACUAAAGACACUUUUGGAGAAUUCUCUGAGUACCUGAAGAUCGGUAUUCCAUCUGCUGUGAUGCUAUGCUUAGAAUGGGGAGGAUUUGAGUGCUUUAUCAUAAUAGCAGGACUUAUUAGUGUGGAUGUCUCAGGUGCUUAGGUUGUUAUUCUAAAUACCUUUUUCGUAAUAAUGAUGCUAUCUCUUGGCUGCUAGCAAGGUGCCUUGGCCUGUGUAGGGAAGGCUAUGGGUGAAGGCAAUAAUAAAAAAGCAAGAAUAUACUUGAAAAUCACAGUAAUAGGGAGUAUUAUAAUGAACUUCAUUGUUGCUUUUGUGAUAACUAUUUUUAAAGAUCCUAUUUCUACGAUUUUUACUAAGAACAAGCUAAUAGUCGAAUAAAUCAGCGAUUCUAUGACUCUUAUGGCUGUAGUUACUAUUAUAAAUGGGACAUAGUUAGUCUUGGCAGGAGGCAUUAAAGGUAUUGGGUUAUAGUAUCAAGCUACUUUUAUCAUCUUGAUAUGCGUUUAUUUCAUUUCCUUGCCAUUAUCUUAUGUCUUCGCCAUAGUUCUGCAACUUAAACUUAAGGGUAUAUGGUUAGCUAUAAUUAUAGGAACAUCAAUGCAGACCUUAGUCUAUCUGUAUCUCCUAAGCUGCAGAAUUAGCUGGAAGAAGAUGGCCACAAAGAUUUAGACUAAGAUGAGGGAAAAGGAAAAUCUUGAAAUGCUGAGACACCAAAGUCAGAGUCAGCUUUAGGUAUUUCUAAGCACGCAUCACACAACUGCUUAGGAUCAAGAAAUUACUGAGAUGCAGUAACAGAGUUAGAAAGGCUAAAUUUUAUCAAAGGAUUUUAGCUCCAAAUACAAAAGUCUAGGCAAGUACAAGGUAUUUGAUGAUGAUUUAAAAGAUCCUUAUAGUCCUAUUAAUAAGUAAAAGGAUUAUCAAUUGAAACCAAAAGUAUUUUGA